UGCCAUCGGAACAUCCUUUGCAAUGCACAAUAGAUUUUCUCACAGACGAAAUUCGAAAGUAGGCAGGAGCUGAAGAAGUUAAGGAGAACAAAGUAGACUUAUUAUUCAGUUGCAGCUCUUCAACAAUAGUUGGUGAUAUUCCUUCGAGUGCUGUGAAAGACACAUUUCCCGCCGAAAAUCGAAAUUUUUUGGAAGUGAGAGUGGUUGAUGACGCUGGUGCUGGGCCUAUAAGAUUCUUCUAGAGAGGUAGCUGUAGACCACAGCCUCUGCAAACAUCAAUCAACCUAACCUCUAUUGUUAAAAGUUUGAUUGACCAGGGGCUUAUCAUUGAUCACCACACAGAUGCAGACCACCAAGGGUCGUGGAAGGGGAGUGCUGGCUCUUCAAGAUUGUAGAACUCCAUUAAGGAGGCCUAAAGCUUUCCAGAUAGAGACAAGCAGCAUUCACUGUGAUAUUGAUACGAUCACUUCCCCGGAAAUCAAAUACACUUCUUCAUGGGCUGAUUGCGAUUCAGACACUGGAGAUAACUUUAAGGAAGGUGAGAGCUUGCUCGUCAAGUUCACGUACAAUGCUAAUCCAGACACUCCUCUCGAUGAGCCAGAAUUGUCAGUCAGACAAAAAGACAAUGUCGCAUUUAUCAAGUACUAUCCACAGAACAAAAUGUGGUGUAAAGUACAGAUCAGGAACACCCAGGGUUAUGUCCCUUCCUCAUAUCUAAUGUCCGUGGGUGGAAAUGACAGGUUACCGUGGCUGAAAUCCCCACCUGAGAUUCCGCAAGAAAAAGUUGAAUAUAAACCCUAUAAAUCUGCGUACGCCAGAGAUACUCCUAAAGAGGUAGAAUCAGUGACAAGUUACCGAUGUGAUAUCUGUAGUAAGGACUUUAACGGACCACAGCCAUACACCAUGCACAUGAAGAGUAAAGCUCACAGGGAGGAGGUGGAGGCCCAGCAAGGGUAUUAGGGACUUAGAGAGAACCUCACUAGAGAGGACAUUGUUACAGAGGACCUCACUAGAGAAAACCUCACUACAGGGAACCUCACUAGAGAAAAUCUCACUAGAAAGGAGCUCACUGAGGUUGUAUUCCAGUGUGUAAAGUGAGAAAAAGUCUCUAAAACUUGUCUCAGGUCUUGGGUGUAUUAUAUAAGGAUAUUUGAGGAGUAUAGGAACAAAAGUAUAACAUAUCACAUUUUUAUGUUGUCUCUUUUACCUUGGAAAUAGGUUUAAUGUGUUCUUGUUAAAAUACAUGUCUUCAUAGUACUUACUGAGUACUUAAUUUGUUAGAAUUGUAGAAUGAUGAUUUUUUUUUCCAGUGGCAUCCAAUCUAAUUGAGAUUGGGUCUCAAGACCAUAAAACUGAGAAUAGAAUUCAGUGUAAAUUUCGAGUCGAACUAACUUUUGAAAUAGUUUUCGUAUAAACAAAUGAAUUUUUAAUUGUAUUGUAUGUGUUUGUUAUUUGUAAUAAACCAGCAGUUUUUUGUAAAAAUUUAAGUUAAUAUAAAUAAUCAGAAAUUUUACUUCAGUCUAUUCUCUGUUUAUGGUCUUGAGGCCUGAUCCUUUGAUCCACUCAGUCUAUAUCCCCUCGCAAAUGAAUUUUGAGAGGAUGAUUACAAUGAAUGUGAGGUCAGUAGAUGUCAAUGUAACUAGUGUACGAGCGGAUCAAACUUCUAAUUAGAUUGAAUGUUUGAACGGAUCUAACUUCCAAUUUUAAUUAGAUUGAGUGUUGCGCGAAACAUUUAAAACAUUGAUUUACAUAUUCACGAUUUAGGAUAUUUUUGUCAUAUAUCUGUCUUACCUUCAGUGUCAGGUGCUCUAGACACAGAAUUAUGUGAAGAGUUUUCAAGAGAUUUUCCUUAAAUGAUUUUUGUAUUAGUUUUUAUUUUUGACAGUGUUAUUUACUUGUACCUUGUUUUGACUUUUGUUGACGUUUUUUUCUUCUGUUUAAGAUUGUACAAAUAUACUUCAAGCAGAUGUGAAUUUGUGUGCUGUAGAAAAACUUACAGAUAUACAUGUACAUGUUGUAAAGUUUAUAGGUAGUAAAAACUAGUUUUGAGAAUGUUUUUAAUUCAUGGUCUCAUUUUAUGAAAUACAAAUGUAGCAUGUGAUGAAUAUGUAUAAUUGAGAUAAUUUUGCUGUGUUCAUAACUUUUAUACAAAGUUGUCAUAUCUUAUCGUUAUCUUCACUUUUUAUGCCCCCGAGAUGAGGAGGGGGGGGGGGGGGGCAUAUUGUUUUUGUCCUGUCUGUCAUUCUGUCUGAAACUUUAACCUUGCUAAUAACUUUUGAACAGUAAGUGCUAGAGCUUUGAUAUUUCACAUGAGUAUUUCUUGUGACAAGACCUUUCCGUGGGUACCAAAAUGUUUGGCCCUGUGACCUUGGUGUUUGACCUACUUUUAAAAAAAUUGACAUUGGUCAAUACUUCUAAAUGGUAAAUUUACAUUAGAGCUUUCAUAUUGUACAAGAGCAUUUCUUGUGACAAGAUCUUGCUACUGGUACCAAGAUAUUUGUCCUUGUGACCUUGGCCAUCUUUGGAAUUGGGGGCAUUUGUGUUUGUAUUUUUGUUUCACAAACACAUCUUGUUCUAAAUAGAAUUGAAAUGCUGCUUUGAUAAAUCACAUAAAUACAGUUUAUUAUGAAGGUUUUAGAACCAUUUCAACAAUUUACUCUAAGUCAAAUGUUCAUUUUUAAAACGGGACCCAGAUUUGUUGAUGGUGUUUGUUUGUCUAUACAUCGUAACGUGUGCUAAUAAAGAUUGUUUUUCCAAACAGCAUCUUGGUGAAAUAUCAUUAGCUGGACUGUCCAAAUAAUGUGAAUAUUAUUGUUAAUUUUCACACGAAGAUUUUUAAACAUUAGUUUGCAUCAGUUUCACAUGUUUGAAUUAGGAUGUAUAUAAGUAUGGUACACAUGAAAGUUAUAUUCCUUCCUGCUUGGUUAUUUGUUUGGUUAUAUAUUGUUUAACAUCCCUCUCAAGAUUUUUUCACUCAUAUGUAGACGUCACCAUUGCCAGUGAAGGGCUGCAAAAUUUAGACCUAUGCUCAGUACUUUCGGCCUUUGAGCAGGGAAUGAUCUUUAUCAUGCCACACCUUGAUUUUUGCGUUCUCAUCUGAACAUCCUGCAAAACACAACCAAUCAUCCCCCCCCCCCCCCCAAGAAAAACCCCACACAUGGAGGAGGGAGAGCAGUUAGUGACAUUAAUAACUUCAGUGUUUAUUCAAUACUGAGCAUAUUGUAGAUGACUUAAAGGGACUGAUUCACGAUUUUCCCCAAAAUUUUGUUUUUCACUUUUGAUGAUCAAAAUCUACUGUCUAAUGUGUUCAAAAGAUUUCACACGAAAAUUAUGGUUAUACAUUAUCACAGAAGCUCAUUUUAGAGAAUUCAUUUUUUGUUUUGUAAACAAAGAUUGCGGUAUGUUUUUGUUUACAAAAUUUUCAAAAGAAAUGGUUAUCGAUCUAAGUUUAUUAUAUCUUUCACAUUUCAAGCAUUCUUCAGGUAAAAUGUGUCAUCUAAAAGUUCAAAUUUGUGACUAUGCAAAAUUAAGAUGCUUUAUAUUACAAAAUUAACAUUUCACUGGUGUGUUUGAAUACAUGAAAAGACUCGAGUCUUUGUUUACAUAACACAGAUUUAAGGCUAAAAUAUUGCUUUUAUUUUUGCAUUCAGAAGGUCAAAAUGUUGGCCGUCAACAUUAAAUGAGUUAUAUUCUUAAUGUUUUACAUAAAAAAUAAAAAUAUUUUGUUCAAAAAUCGUGAACCAGUCCCUUUAAGGAAGUUUUUUGUUGUUGUAAGAAUGUAAUCUUUCUAGCUCACCUGAGUCAAAGUCUCAACAAAUGCUGAUAAUUAAAAAAGGGGUUUACCCUACAAACUUUAUAUGCUACACACCAGCAAGAAAUAAUCCUUCAGAUUUCUAGCUACCACAUAAGCUGACAUUUGUUCUUCUAUUAUGCUUAUUCAAAACAUACUGCACUGUCAGGUGUACAACUUAUGGAACGGUCUAACAAAGGAAGGGCCAUGCCACCUUCAAAGGGGAGAUAAUCACAAAAAUGUAAAAAUAGGGUGGGGUUAUUUGAAUAUCUUCUCAAGAACCGCUGAGCCAUAAGAGCUAACAUUUACUUGAAAGCUUUCUGACAUAGUGCAGAUUGUUAUAAUCAUGACCCCUGGGGGUAUGAUGGGGUCUAUAAUAGGGGAUCAAAGUUCUACAUACAAAUUUUUUAAAGUAAAAAUCUUAUCAAGAACCAUUGGGCCAGGAAAGUACAAAUUUACAUGAAAGAUUUCUGACUUGGAGCAGAAUCAAAUUUGUUAAAAUCAUGACCCCCGGGGGUAGGAUGGGGCCACAAUAGGGGAUCGAAGUUUUACAUACAAAUAUACGGGAAAUCUUCUUUUCAAGAAUCAUUGGGCCAGAAAAGUUUACAUUUACUUGGAGUCUUCCUGACAUUGUGCAGAUUCAAGUUUGUUAAAAUCAUGGCCCCCAGGGGUAGGAUUUGGGCCCAUUAUAGGGGAUCAAAAUAUAUAGAGAAAAUCUUUAAAAAUCUUCUCGAGAACCAUUGGGCCAAAGAAGUUUACAUUUACAUGAAAGCUUCCUGACAUAGUGCAGAUUCAAGUUUGCAAAAAUCAUGACCUCUGGCGGCAGGUUGGGGCCACAAUAGCAUCAAAGUUUUUUAUGCAAAUAUGUAGGGAAAAUCUUUAGAUAUGGGCCAAGGUGACUCAGGUGAGUGAUGUGGCUCAUGGGCCUCUUGCAAUUAAACUGGUCUUUAGCUUGAAAUUAUUUUUUCAGUAUUGGUUUGGCUGAGACAGUUUUAAUAUAAUUAAUAAAUCAGUUGAAGUCAGACUGCAUUUAUUAAUGAGGUAAGCAUAUUUAAAUAUAAAAUUGGUUAGGUUUCUAUCUGAAACUCGUUCAUCAUGUGCUUUACAUUGUUUUUGGAGCUUUUAGGUGUAUUUGAAAUCUUGUGUACAUGUAAUGGCACUUUAAAGGAAUGUUGUAAAUGAUUAUGAUUAACAGAUGAACAUACUCCUUUAUUUCAUUUAUAGAUUAAUGUUGAUAAGGACAUAUCUGUCUCUGAUGUUUUUUUAUUGUCAAUUAUAAAUUACAAGACAAUAGCUAAACACAAACUAUCAAUAUCACUAACCUGCAUUAAUAAUGGUUGAUUGAUUAUCUUUGAUUUUCUGUAUAUCCCAUAGAAACAUCUAGUUUUUUGCUAUACAAGAGCAAUUGUUCAAUGUGAGUUGUCUGUCCUUUCUGUGUGUCUGGCGUCUGUAGACCAUUUGUAAGAGUGCUACCCCCUCUUAGGGUUGGUUUUGGUCUUCACUGAAUUUCAAACUAUGAAGAUUAAGCAGAAUAGUACAUGAAAACAAUUCUUGUGUCUCUUUUUUGUAUUCAGAUUUACAAGGAUCCUCAUGCAGUAUUGAUUCCCCAGAACUUUCGAUGGGGCCACAGGAUAUAAAGUAUAUAAAAGAAAAACUAAUUAGCUUCUUAAGAUUGAAGCACUAGGACUCAGUAGGUCAUAUUGAUAGAUACGGAUCACAAUUUGACCCGUAAUGAGGAUUUUCAGGUGAGCAAUGUGGUCCAUGGGCUUUUGUGUCUUUAACCUCGAGAAAUUGACCCAAUGGAAAUACGUGAUUUUACAGGAAAUGUAUUUUUAUACUUGCACAAGGAUGUAGUAUUUUGUACAAUGUACAUAAGAAUUUCACUGUAUUCUGAAUUUAAUGGAGUAUUUUUCUGUAUAGUUACUUUUUGGUUGAGAAAAACACCUCAUCUGAGUUAUCAUUGUUGUUGAUGGAAUGAGCAGAAUGGUGUAUUGUUUGAUUGAUUGACGGGCACCUGACUUCUAGACUAUGUAUACCCUUCUUUUGAAAACAAAAUUAAUGCUAACGAUUUAUGAUUUCCCAAAUGUGGGGUUAUCUCUCUUUGUAAUUCAUAUUUCAAAUUCUGAAUUAAUUCUACAUUACACUAUUAAGUCUUAUUUUAAAAUAAAUAUACUGCCUAGUGUU